AUGGGAUCGCUCGCCAAAUCUUGGGCUCGGUGCGACUUUGUUGGCCAUCUCGUUUGCGAAGACACCGUGCGUCUCGACACGCCAAUAAAGCGUCCUUACGCAACUGAGUUUGUGGCUGAUUGGGUGAUUACUGUUGUAAUUCAGUACUUGCAUCGUGCCAUCAUAAUCUUUGCGACAGAUGAGAACAUCAAGGAAGGCCAGCUGAUUGUUCUCUCCCUCCUCCUUCGUAAAUUGAAUGUCCGGGAAGACUCUGUUGAGACGGGAAGGAUUGUCGCGAGCUCGGAGCGAGGCUUUCAGUUGACGAUGAAAACGCUCGACUACAACAUUGAAUGA